CAAUUCUUUACGUCAUUUGAUAUUUUUUGUAUUUACACAAAAACACGUUUCUUAAAAGAUUUCCCCUCGUUAUACAUCCUCAUACAUCUCUCUGUACUUUAAAAAUCUUGAUUUUGGAUUGAUCCCUUGCUUUGAACUUUCAACUUCAACUUAUUCCUCAAUUAACCUUUAUCCCUUUAAAUCUGAUUUUAAACACGUCUCUCUUUACUUCAAAGACAUCAAAUAACUUAUAACUCAAGAUGCAUUCUCUUCAUAUCUUGGUUUUCUUUCCCACCGUAACUUUCGCUCAACUUCAAUUCAUCUCUCGUGAUCCAAUUGUCAAUGGCAACAUCACUACUAUUCCAACGUGUGCUGUGACCUGUUCACUUCAGGUAGCUUCAAGAACAAGAUGUAGCGAUCCUUCUGACUCUUCAUGCUCAUGUACUGAUCCAGUCUUUCGAAAAGAAGUACUCGCUUGUUACCACAGACAAUGCGAUGAAGUUAACCUUGAAUUGUCAAUCAAAUUCGCCAACGACACCUGUGCCAAAGCUAGUCAAUCUAAUCUCAACGACACCAUCGUUUCUAAUACUUCUAGUACGGACAAUUCUACAACUUAUUCUCCUACCAAUUCUGUGAACAUUAGUGAUCCUCUUAGUGUGGGUAAUGUUACGGGUAACCUUACUGGUGUGAAGAAUGGUGAUUUGGUUAGCAACUUUAGUGUUUCGAAUACUUAUACUCAACCUAUUAGUGAUUCUAGUCGUCUUAAUGAUUCAACUAUCACUUCUGCUUCUUCAAGUACCACAUUGAAAACCUACACAUCUAGUACUCUUAUGUUCAGUUCUAUUCUUUGCUUUACCAUGUUUUUAUACAAUACAUAUAUUUGAUUUGGUUUAAUUUGAUGUGAAUAAAUCAAGUUUGAGAUGAUCAAAAACUGGUAUACAUAAAUCAUCUUACUUAUUCAUUUUCCUUUUUGUUUGACUACUUUGGAUUUUCUUUUUUUAUCAUUCGAAUUUUCUAACCUUUUUUUUUCCUUCUUACAUUCUCUCAUUUUUAUUUAUUUAUUUUUUAUGAUUUUGAUAAUAUCAAUCAUUUUCUUACUUUUAAAAAUUUCAUUUUUUUUAUACCUCUAGCAUUGCAUAAGGAUUUUUACCUUUUAUAUAUAUAUAUUAGUGUAAUUCAAAAGAUUGGUUUCUUUCAAAUACAUAGGAUCUUUAUCAAUCGUCUUUU